AAAACGCAACAUGUACUAUAUUGUAUGUUACUUACAAAAGUAGGGUUAUAGUCAUUCCCUUUAUCACUUUAUCUACGUAUGUAUAGUCAACAAUAGCAACAAGUGGACAGCUGGGAAGUAUGGAUGCUGUCGCGAUAUAAAUCUCGUUUCUCGUAUAAGUUUAGUUUCCAUAAAAAUGAUGGUAAUAUAGUUAUUGUGUUUAAGUUUGUGUUUGUGUUUCUUUCCCACAAUGGAUGAGUCCGGGAUUGACAUGGGCUACGAUUUGGCUUCUCUUCUGACCAAUGACUUCUCUGUUGAUGAGAAGAUCUUGGAUGAAAUGGCAGCAGCUCAACAACAUCAAGAGUUCAUGUUCUAUGAGCUCAAAUCGAAGGCAGUUCCAGCAACAGAAAGUCCGCCCACAUUCAAAACGCUCACGCCGACGUCGCGCACGCAGCUCAAGCAACAGUUGAUGCGCGAGCAUGCGCACGAGCAAUUGCGGAGGGAAUCCUUACAAGCACAGCAAGCUGGCCAAUCCAAAGACAAUGAAGAGAAGAAGAAGUCCUCGCCCACAGACGUGCCUCGCAUCACGCCGCACGUUGAAUUACCUGCACAGGUUUUACAGGUCCGAACAGUUCUGGAGAACCCCACCAGGUAUCACGUGAUCCAGAAGCAGAAGAGCCAGGUGCGACAAUAUCUCAGUGAAUCAUUUCAACCACAGACACAGGUAUCAGGUGUUAGUCGAGGGGCGCCGGUGCAGUCAGCCCCGGAGCUGGGCGCUCAGCGGUCACAGUCACCGGACCGUGCGUCUUCUUCCGGCCUACUGUCCCCUGGGCUAUGCUCCGUGGGCACUACCAAUUCCGAGACGGAAGAGUUCCUAGAGGACAUCCUCUCCCUGGAUGGGGGGGCGGGCCUGUCAUCAUCAGGCCCGCCCUCCACCGCCAGCUCAGUAGCAGGGGACUGUGCACUAUUAGCAGACGCGGAUUAUCAUGCCCUCGCGAAAGAUCGACAGAAAAAGGAUAAUCAUAAUAUGAACGCUGAUAUAUACGCUCUGGUCAAAGACCGCCAGAAGAAGGACAAUCAUAAUAUAAUCGAACGCCGUCGUCGGUUCAACAUAAACGACCGCAUCAAAGAACUCGGGACCUUACUUCCAAAGACCAACGACCCGUUCUACGAGGUCAUAAGGGACGUGAGGCCCAACAAGGGGACCAUUCUCAAGUCCAGCGUGGACUACAUCAAGUGUUUACGGGACGAAGUUAACAGGCUCAAGCAGAGCGAGCAAAGAAGAAAACAAAUUGAACUCCAUAAUAGAAAACUUAUGCUUAGGAUACAGGAGUUAGAGAGGCUAGCCCGCAUGCACGGGCUGCCAGUGAGCGCAGGCGCCGAGGGGUGGAGCCCGCACGACGCGGACGUCCCCGACCCGCCCCCCUCCCCUUCACCUGCCCCCCCACCCGCUGCUACUUCCGCUUCCGCUCCGCCUGAAGUGGUGUUACCGAAAACAGAACCCUCCCCACUCAUGGAGCUGGGUGAACAACCUCCAGAUCUAUUACGGGACAUGCCUUCCACGGAGUGCCUCAACGCGCUGGACGCGUUAGACGGACUGAAGCUGGGCGGUUGUUCUCCUUUAUCUCGAAGCUCCGCGUUGUCGCUGGGCUGCCUGGAGCCACAGCUUUGCCUCGAAGCCGACGUGUUCUCGCAUAAAGACAUCAAGAUGCGCUUAUCGCCAUCGCCCGGGUUACUGGGCGACGACCCGGACGCAGUAUUGAACCUGGCUCAAAUCGAAGACCUCAUGGACGAUGACUCACAUAACCCCGUCACACAAGGUGACCCAAUGUUGUGUUCUUCCCCCACAUCGCAGCUGUGCCUCAGCGACGUAGUAGCAGAAGCUGUGGACAGGAACAUAACCUCGAUCUUACACGACGACGCACCUUCCUACAACCACUCAACAGGCGGCGCGCUGCUGGGCGAGACUGGGCUGGGGCUGGGCGACGCCUGCCUGCCGCUGCUGCUGGGCGCCACGCACGCGCCGCACCACCAGCAUGCUACCAACCACCACCACUGCUUCGAUAUGGACUUGGGCGCGUGACCUUAUAUCUCUAUACCAUCCCGCUAGUAGAUCCUGUCGGCAAGUUAAAAUUAUAUAGACUAUUUAAUGGGCGAUAUGCUCGCGCGCAUGCGGGUAUAGGUCCAUCGAUCCACUGUGCUCUACCGGCAACACUAAACUAGGACAAAUCAAACAUAAAAUGGAAGACUUUAAACUGGGCGUCACGCACCCAUACUCUCCCAUCAAUAUACUGCGUGAUCUGCCGGCAAAUGAAGCCCUUAGCCCAUCGAUCCACUGUGCUCUACCGGCAACACUAAACGGGGACAAAUCAAACAUAAAAUAGAAGACUUUAAACUGGGCGCCACGCCCCCAUACUCUCCCAUCAAUAUAC